GCCCUAAAACAUAGUGAAAGGCAAUGUGAUACAGCUUUCGCACACGAUCAUUGCUUAAGGUAAACACAGAGCCCUAAAACAUGACAAGCUUCUUUCAGCAUGGCCUGGCUUGACCUCCCCAAUCCUAAUAAUAGCCCUGGUUAUCGUUGGGCAAACAUGUAUUAAAUCGGAUUAGGCUUAGACUGGUAAGAAUGCAAACUCAUGGAGGGUGACUAAGGUUCUAGUUGAGAGCUGCGGAAAUUCAUUCUGAUGCUUAUUGAAUCUUAGUCUGACUCUCAGCAAAUGUCAUCCCAAAUUUUAUGCACCACUAUAUUUUUUCAUACAUGAUUACUAGCAAAUAUGCUUCAUCUCUUUAUUUGAGUGUUUUAACAGUUUAGUCAUGAGAUACAUCAAUUCAUGGGAUAUGUACCUGUGGGUGUUGGUCUUAGGGCGGGGGCAUAAAAAUAAUUGGCAGAAGGCCACCACGUUUCUGCCCGGGGAAAUGAGUUUCACGCCGAGUGUAAGCGAAUGCUGUUAAUAAUAAAUCCUCAGCCGAGCAUGGACUCCGUCCGUCGCCUUCAGAGCUCUGUGGAUGGGGAGAGCUCUCCAGCCAAAGCCCACCGCAAUGUCUCUCUCCCUAGUAAACAAACCCUUCUUUUCCCCACCUUUCCUCCUAUGCAGCAAACUUGCUUCACAACUACCACCUCCUCCUCGGCUAAGGAUCUCCUCCUCUUCUUCCUGUCUCCCAUUUACAGCUUGUGCUGCUGCCGCCACUAUGAAUGGCUUCUCCAACUUCAUUUCUCACCAGCAACCAGGGGAAGACAAAGGGACAGUUGAUCUCCGCGUUCCGGUCUACUCCUCAUCUGAGUUGGUCGAGAAAUUGCAAGGAAAAAUAAGACCAGAGAAAGGGCAUCCAUAUCGAGCAAUGUAUUCUAGCUUUUUCGAUGGAAUUACUCUUGAUCCUGCACUCAUGAUGAUUCCAAUUGAUGAUCACAUGGUUCACAGAGGGCAUGGCGUUUUUGAUACUACUAUGCUUUUUAAUGGAUACUUGUAUGAUUUGGACUCCCAUCUGGUCCGGUUCUUGGAUUCUGCCUCAAAAGCAAAGAUCUCUUCCCCUUUCCCUCGCAAAACACUCCGAAGCCUUCUUAUCCAGCUUGCAGGAGCAUCAAAGUGCACGGCAGGCUCACUAAGGUACUGGCUGAGUGCUGGUCCUGGGGACUUCUUGCUAUCACCAUCAGGCUGUCGAAAUUCCCAAUUCUAUGCAGUAGUCAUCAGCCAAAACUUCUCCGAGUGCACCAAAGGUGCGAAAGUUAUAACAUCAACCGUUCCCAUGAAACCUCCUCUGUUUGCUGCAAUGAAAAAUGUGAACUAUCUCCCCAACGUUCACUCGAAAAUGGAAGCAGAAAAGAUGGGUGCCUUUGCCUCCAUCUGGGUUGAUGACCAGGGCUACAUUGCCGAGGGUCCUAAUGCAAAUGUUGCAUUCAUAAGCAAGAGAAAGGAGCUCCUACUUCCCUUGUCUCAUAAAAUCCUUAUCGGUUGCACUGCUAAGAGGCUUCUAGUGCUGGCGAGCAAAUUGGUUGAAAAGGGUCUGUUGAAGAGUGUGAGCACUAGAGAUGUCACAGUAGCAGAAGCCAAGGAUUCAGCUGAAAUGAUGUUUGUGAGCAGUUUGCUUCCUAUACUGCCCAUUGUUGAAUGGGAUGAGCAGCCUAUUGGAGAUGGACUGGUGGGAGAACUGACCCUAGCCAUUUCUUCUGUACUCUGGGAGGACAUAAUUUCAGGCCCAGAAACAAGGAGAGUGCUUGUUCCUUAUGAGCAAAUGGCUGCGAUGUAGAGAUUUAAAACAAGAUGCCAUGCAUACAGCUUGAGGGGCUCUCAUUGAUGUUAGAAUUCCACAUCACCAUCCCCCCCACCCCCCCAC